CCAUCCACAUCCCUUCGAUCAAAAUCCCAACUCUCAUCGCCGUCAUCAUCAUCGUCGUCGUCGUCUUUCUCCGUCAGCAAUGUCAAUCCCCCGUCAAGCACAUUACCGGCCGAGCUAGCCCUGCCAGAACCAGUGGCUUCGUCAGCUCCCCCGGCAGAUAAGCUGAAGCGUUACGUCGCUCUCGGUCGAGCAUACUAUACCUUCUACAAGACCGGGUUGAAGAACGUGUACCAGAACUACCGGGCGUCGCUCCCCCAGCGCCGCAGCCUAGGACUCCCCGUCUUCCCUCCGACGUCUCCUCACUCCUCGCCAGAGUCCGUAAAGAUUAGCCGGGCAGACUUCCAACUCGUCCGUCGCGCGGCGCACGACAUGCGCCGCAUGAUCCCCUUCACGCUGGUCCUCAUCGUGUGCGGCGAGUUCACCCCGCUGAUCGUCCUCGCCCUCGGCGACGCCAUCACCCCAUUCACCUGCCGGAUUCCCCGCCAGGUAGCCAAAACCACCCGCCAGCGAGGGGAGCGCAAACGUGCCGCCCUCGCAGACCAUCAGGCCCGCACUGCCGGCUCGGUGACACCCCCCGGUCCAGGAUCGGAGCAGGAGCUGGAUCUCCUUGCCCGCCGGUUCGUCGAUGAAGCUUGGAUCGCCGCCGCGUCGGGGCCGGAGGUCCUCUGCGCGGCCUCCGUCUUCGGCCUUGUCGGCUCGCAUCGUUCUUCUUCCUUCUCCCCUUCGCAGCUGUUUGUCCGUCAUCGCUUGCGCCGCUACGCUCAGUACCUCGCUCUCGACGAUCGGCUUAUCCGCCAGGCUGGUGGGGUAGAAGGCAUGACCGCCCAGGAGGUACGUAUCGCUGUCGAAGAACGCGGCGGCGUAGGUGUCGCGGCGGAAGCGGAGGGUGCCCUUGCUGAAAGGGAGGAGAGAAGGUGGUUGGAGAGGUGGUUGAAGAAGUCU